UCCUCAGGGAAUGAGGUGUCUCAACAGCCUUGCAACUCUACUCUCGUGAACAUGCUAAAUUAGCUGGAACCGUCAACACUGGCUUUUCUGGCAGAGUUUUAGUGUUCAUUAUGGAUGAAAAGCGAUUAGCUUUAUUUCCACACUGGAAUACUGUCAUACCAAAGGUGUGAGGACUUUGGGAAAAAGUUAUAUGUAUAGCUGCAGUCCAGGACCUCAGGUCUGCGGGUCCAUGUUGAGACAGUGAGAAUGGCUUUCACAGACACAGCCAUAAUUCUCAUCGUCAUAGCAGUCCUAGGAACGCUAACCAGAUGUCAGGGGAGCCUGGUUAAAGACAACUCUCUGCUGAGGUUCACCCAUCAUUUAUAUAAUGCCAGCAUUUAUGAGAACUCUGCCCCCAGGACCUAUACUGAGAGCCCGGUCCGAAUGGGCAUCAUACUAUCUGAUCCCUUCUGGGAUGUUAAGUACAAGAUUGUGUUUGGUGAUGAUGAUGGCCUUUUCAAAGCCGAGGAGGUAACCGUAGGAGAUUUCUGCUUUCUGAGAAUCAAAACCCGAAGCAGCAACUCAGCUGUGCUAAACAGAGAGGUACGAGACAUUUACACUCUCACCAUCGAGGCUACAGAAAGCACCUAUGACAACCGAGCUAGAACAAAGGUAUCAAUCCAAGUGCUUGAUACAAAUGAUCUGAAACCGCUCUUCUACCCUGCCUCUUAUCAUGUGGUAAUCAAAGAAGACACACCGAUCAAGUCGAGUCUGGUGGGAGUAAGUGCAACGGAUGCUGAUAUUGGCAGCAACGCAGAAUUUUAUUACUCAAUCACCACUAGAUCACACCCCUUUGCCGUUGAUCCUUUCACAGGGACCGUUACACUUAUCAAGACACUUGACGCCAGUCAGAGAGACAGGUAUGAGCUGACUGUGCUGGCAGAGGACAGGACAAAGAAAAUCUCUGGCGUGCAGAAGUUUGGAAAUGUAGCAAAGGUUGUUGUGACCAUACAAAACGUGAGAGAAAACUUUACCCUCAUCACACCCACCAGUGCAGCGACUCCACAAACGGAUGAUGACAAAAUAAGUUUGAACAUCAAAAUGGAACCCAAGGAGAAGGAGAAAGUGGCAUCUUUAAGUAUAGUUGAAGGAGAUCCACUGAAGUGCUUUCAGUUUGUUCCAUCGAUGUUGCAUGAUGGUGGCUUUCAACUGGUCUCAACAAAAUGGAUUGAUUGGUCGCAAAACCCAUUUGGACUAAACAUUUCCCUUCAAGCCAAAGACAGAGGAAACCCUCCUUUGCUAACGCCAAUAAAAACUGUGCAUAUCCCUCCACCUCCUCAAGUUAAACCUUUGACAUUUGAACAAGAACUCUAUUAUGUCACUCUCAGUGAAUUUUCUCCACCGAAAAGUCACGUAGUUAGAGUAUCUGUAGGUUUGAGUUUCAAAAAUAUAACCUACAGCAUCAAAGAAAACCUGGAUAGCUAUAAAUUCAAAAUUAGCGCCCAAACUGGUGUGAUUAUGACUUCUCAGACUCUUGACUUUGAGAAGCACCAUCACUAUGAGUUUGAUGUCACAGCAAAUGAUGGUGAAGCGUUUACCCGUGUCGUUGUGGAUAUUAUUGAUGAAAACGAUAAUUCCCCCAGGUUCACGUUGCCCUCAUACCAGGCUUCUCUGGCUGAAAAUGUCCCAAUCGGAACAAGCAUCUUGGCUGUCUCUGCUAUUGAUGUGGACAAAGAUAAUAACGGUUUUGUAACAUACUCUAUAGCAAACACAGGUCCUGUUCCUUUCAUUAUAGACCCACUGACCGGUGUGAUUUCGACCUCUCAGGAGUUUGAUUAUGAGCUCAUGAAGAGAUGGUACCACCUGAGAAUCUGGGCCUCUGAUAGUGGAAGCCCUUUCAACAGAGUAAGCGAAUGCCCUGCAACCAUCACCAUGACCAAUGUCAACGACAAUGUUCCAGUGUUUGAGCGGGUGGCAUGCAAUGCCUCUAUACCCCGAGACUUUGCUGUAGGGGAGAGUAUUGUAGAGAUGUCAGCACUCGAUCUGGAUGAGCUGCAGCAGAUCAUAUACAGGACAGAGUCUGGGAAUGAUGAUGGACUGUUUGCAAUUAACCCUGUUUCUGGCUCUAUUAAACUUGCUAAAGCAAUUCCCUCAAAUUACGAAGGCACAGAAAAUCCUUUAUAUAUACUUAAAAUAACAGCAACAGAUGGCAAAUAUAGUGCUGACCCCAACACCGUGACUGUGCGUAUCACAAGCAAGGGCGAAGGCGCCAGCACACACUGCGAGGAGACCGGAAUUACAAGGCAGUUGACAGAGAAGCUUAUUGAGUCAUUUAAGCCGUCUCUCAAUUCCAAAGAAGAAGAGUACAUCUCAGAUGUUCAUAUAAUUAACCAGCACUCUCCGAAGUUUAUUACGGGUACACCAAGCUCGAUUGACAUCAGGGAAGACUUUGCUCUCAAUAGAUCUGUUUUGCAGUUUAAUGCCACUGACAAUGACUCUGGCUUUAACAGAAAGCUUGUCUAUGCAAUUUCCAGUGGAAAUGAGGAUGGAUGUUUUACUAUUGACAUGAACACAGGUGAACUGCAGGUAAUUAGUACUUUGGAUAGAGAGCAAAAAGAGUUUUACAUUCUCAACAUAACCGUGUAUGACCUGGGAUCUCCACAAACCUCUACGUGGAAGCUUCUUGCUGUUAAUGUUCUUGAUGCAAACGAUAAUCCUCCGUUAUUUUCUCAGCCAAGAUAUGUUGUGAACAUCCCAGAAAACACAGAGGUUAACAAAAGCAUAUUCAAAGUCAAUGCAAUCGAUCUUGACUCUGGAGACAAUGGAGCAUUUAAAUAUUCGUUGUUAACCUUCACCGAUUUGUUUAAGAUUGAUGAAGUCACAGGGGUGGUGAAGGUAACUGGGCCUUUAGACAGAGAGACUUUUAGUAGAUAUGACCUAACAAUUGAGGCCAGAGAUCAAGCCAAACUGGACCCACAGCUUUUCUCAUUUACAAAUCUGAUGGUCGUCCUGGAGGACAUCAAUGACAAUCCUCCAAAGUUUGUACCCACAGUCUAUAGGAUCAAAGUUCCUGAGGACGUUCCUCCAGGCACAGUGCUGUUAUGGGUCGAAAGCUUUGAUUUAGAUCUGGAGAGCGGAGGUCUUAUAAGCUACAACCUGAAGAACAGCGAAGCAGGGAUGUUUUUCCUGGAUACAUCCACAGGGUGCUUGACUCUGGAGCGUGAACUGGACUUUGAGAAGCAGCAGUUUUAUAAUCUAACUGUUCGCGCUGUAGACCACGGAAAGCCCCGGUCUUUAUCAUCUUCAUGCUUCAUUGAGGUUGAAGUGUUAGAUGUAAACGAAAACCUGAACCGGCCCCUUUUCACCCAGUUUGUGCAUAACGCAGCCGUUAUGGAGGAUGCUACAGUAGGAACCUCAGUAUUGUCACUAACUGCUGUAGAUAACGACCUGGGACGAGAUGGAGUAGUCAGAUAUUACAUCCAUGAUGGCUCAGGGCUUGGCGUCUUCACAAUUGAGGAAGAAACAGGUGUUAUUCGGACCGCAGGCCUUCUGGAUCGUGAAACCGUGCCACACUAUUGGCUGACAGUUUAUGCAAAAGAUCUGGGCACUGUACCACUGGUAUCCUGGACCGAGGUCUACAUUGAAGUUUUGGAUAUUAAUGACAAUCCUCCUGAGCUGUCCCAGCCUGUCUACUUUGGCUCAGUUCAAGAGAAUUUGCCAAAGGACAAAUCUGUGCUAAAAGUAUCUGCCACAGACAUGGACAAGUCCUCUGAGGGGAAGCUAGCUUUCCAGAUCCUUGAUUCUCAGCGCGUAUAUUUCACCAUUGACACAAAAACAGGUAAACUCCGUACUUCAAAUGAUCCGUCAGAAGGUACUGUCAUGGUAUCAGAUGAAGGGGCCCCUCCAUUAAGCUCGACUGCAACCGUAGUCAUUGAAGUCCUAGAUGAGAAUGAUAACAGCCCUCAGUUCAGCCAUAAGCUUUUCCAGGUAAAACUCCCUGAGCGGCAGAGCACGGCUGAGCCUCAGGAGAUCUACAGGAUGGUGGCCCGUGAUGAUGAUGUGGGGCCCAGCGGCAUGAUCACAUACAGUCUGGAAGACGGCAGUGAGGAUCGGUUUGAUAUUCAUCCUGAGACCGGGGUGGUGACUGCUAAAGGAGAGUUUGUUCGGGGCAACUACAGUAUUCUGACGGUCAUGGUAUCAGAUGAAGGGGCCCCUCCAUUAAGCUCGACUGCAACCGUAGUCAUUGAAGUCCUAGAUGAGAAUGAUAACAGCCCUCAGUUCAGCCAUAAGCUUUUCCAGGUAAAACUCCCUGAGCGGCAGAGCACGGCUGAGCCUCAGGAGAUCUACAGGAUGGUGGCCCGUGAUGAUGAUGUGGGGCCCAGCGGCAUGAUCACAUACAGUCUGGAAGACGGCAGUGAGGAUCGGUUUGAUAUUCAUCCUGAGACCGGGGUGGUGACUGCUAAAGGAGAGUUUGUUCGGGGCAACUACAGUAUUCUGACGAUUCAAGCAACAGACCAUGGCCACCCUCCAAGAAUGUCUAAGGCCCGUCUGCAUGUUGAAUGGCUGCCCCAACCUGAGCCCAGCUCCGAUGUGCUGGCUUUUGAUGAGCCCCCCUUCAACUAUGUGGUGAUGGAGACAGAUCCUGUCACUGACAUGGUGGGAAUCAUCCGAACAGAGAUCCCAAAGAACCUGCUCUUGUUUGACAUUAUCGGUGGUGAUGAAAAGCAGGACUUCUACAUUGAGAAGAACACAGGGAGCAUUGUGAAAGCUAGACGUCUGGAUGCCGGCAGAAAAUCUCAUUACAACUUAACAGUCAGAGUCACAGAUGGAUUUCAGGCCAUAACCACUCAGGCCUACAUUCAAGUAGUGGAUAUAAAUGAGCAUCGGCCCAUGUUCUUGAAGAGCCUCUAUGAGGUGAGAGUGCCAGAGGACACAUCUCCAUGGAAGGAGAUCCUUCACAUCAGUGCCCACGAUGCAGAUGCCAACAGUGGACUAUAUUACUCCAUCCACAGCAGUCUUAACCCAGACAGCCUCAAGUACUUUCACCUGGACCAAAGGAGCGGCGUGCUUGUCAUGAAAGAGGAGCUAGACUACGAGACCAUCUCCACUCAUACUCUGAUUGUGAUGGUACGAGAUGAGAAGAUCCCAAUAAAAAAGAACUUUGCGAAGGUUGUUGUGCAUGUAGAAGACUGUAAUGACCACAACCCAUCGUUUCUGAUUACUCAUUAUGAGGGCACCAUGAGUAAUCUUGCACUCACUGACACUGAAGUGCUAAGAGUCAAAGCCCUGGAUAAGGACACAGGGAGCAAUGCGGAGAUUGUUUAUUCCUUUCACUCUGGUGGGAAUGUGGAUGGUGCCUUUGAAAUCGACCAGGAUACAGGAAGCAUUCGUGUGUCUGAUGCAUUAGACAAACUUCCGCAGGAGCAAUAUCACCUCACAGUAAAAGCCACAGAUCAGGGCUUUCCCCAGCGCAGUGCCCUUUGCCCCGUUACCAUCACUGUAAAGCUGUCUGAAUUCACACCACCCAGGUUCUCCUCCGAAGAAUACAUCACUGAGAUAAGUGAGGCUGUGCCUCCUGGCUCCUCUGCACUGUCUGUCUCCGCCAGCUGCCCGUCUUUAGUGCUGUACAGGAUCAAUGAUGGCGACCCCAAUGGGACGUUCCACAUCAACAUAAACUCUGGACUCUUGUCUGUCCGAAACGCACUCGAUUUUGAGCAACACUCCUCCUACUGUCUGACAGUAAGAGCUACAAAUACAGCGGGAGUCUCAUCUGAUGCAGUGGUUUACAUUUAUGUGAUAGAUGAAAAUGACAAUGCCCCUGUUUUCCAUCAGGACACUUAUUAUGGGCAAAUUAGUGAGUCUGCACCCGUCAACAGCAUGGUAACUGGGGAGAACAACACCCCCUUAGUGAUUAAGGCGUCAGAUGCAGACAAGGACACAAAUGCUCUUCUGAUCUUCCAAAUCCUUGAACCUGCAGCUCAGAAGGUGUUUAAAAUAGAUCCAAGCAUGGGUACCAUCUCCUUAAAGUCUACGGUUGACUUUGAGGCAACACCUGAAUUUUUCUUCAGCGUUCAGGUGUGGGAUUCUGGUGAGCCACCGCUAAGUGCAUCCAAGCCAUGCAGAGUAAACAUUCGUGUCCUGGACAUUAAUGAUUGUCCUCCCAAAUUUGCUUUACCUGUAUAUGAAACUGCCCUCACCUUACCGGUUUUUGAAGACAUGAAUGUAAUCCAAGUGACAGCUCAUGAUGCAGAUUCAGCAGUGGCCUACAUUAUUUCAGAGAGUACUAAUAAAAAUGCUUUUAAAAUAGACCAGUCCACUGGAAUCAUCUCAGUGAAUGAUUCGUCUGAACUGCAGUCCCAUAAUGAGUUAAAGAUCACAACCUCAGAUGGGUUAUAUAAAGACACUACCAUAGUGAAAUUCAAUAUCACCAAUGCAACAAAGAGUAGUCUGAAGUUCGAGGACAGGAUGCAUGUGGCCACUGUACUGGAGAACAGUACGUCUAUUAAAAUUUUAGCUGUUCUGAAAGCAACAGGUAGCUACCUGAACGAGCCCUUGCAGUACACCGUCUUGAACCCACAUGGGAAGUUUGCAGUGGUUCCAUCGUCUGGAGUCCUGCAGACCACCGGCGUUCCGUUUGACCGGGAGGAACGGGAUAAGUAUGAUGUCGCUGUGGAGGUCCGAGACAUGAGGCAUCCACCACGUGUGGAUAUCACUCAUGUUAAGGUCUUUAUAGAUGAUAUCAAUGACAAUGCCCCAGAAAUAUCCAAUUUGCCUCAUUCGCUGAUGAUAUCGGAUGAAACUGAACCAGGAGAUGUUCUCUUUCAAGUGCUAGCGACUGACAAUGACUCCGGUGAGAAUGGAUCUAUACUAUUUUCACUGGAGGACGAUUUCGGUCUCUUCAGAAUCGACCAUUAUCUUGGAGAUGUGUCACUACUAAGACCUUUAGACUUUGAGUCUGUGAAUAAAUAUGUUCUCACUGUACUGGCAUCAGAUGAGGGUGAGACGAGCCUGUCAGCAGCCGGGACGCUGUACGUCCAAGUGCAAAAUCGUUCUCAUCCGAUAUUUCAAAGCCUGUACUACCCAUUGAAAUUACCUGAGAAUAUUAAGCCAUUUACAACAAUCCUGCAUGUGCAAGCAAGAAAUCCUGACGGAUACCGCCUCAUCUACAAUCUAGAGGAAGACAACGCCUCCAGGUUUUUUAACAUCGAUUUCAAAACAGGGGUCUUAAGUGUCACUGAUUUCCUAGACUUUGAGACUCAAACAAAGCAUAUUUUGACUGUUCGUGCCACGGAUUCGGUGACUGGUACCUUUGCCGAAGCCAAAGUAGAGAUUGAUGUGGAAGAUAUAAACGACAAUGCCCCUGUCUUUCAGAGUCUGUCUUAUGUUACAGAUAUGUCUGAAGGCCUUCCAAUAGGCACAUCUGUUUUACAAGUCUCAGCUUUUGACAAAGAUUCAGGCAGGAAUUCAGAUAUAACUUACCAGUUGGUUGACAAAGAAAAUGAGUUUUUUGAAAUCGACCCACUAAGUGGGAUUUUGGCGACAUCGCAAGUAUUGGACUAUGAAACCACACAACAGUUCACUCUGAAAGUUAAAGCCACAGAUAAAGGUGCACCACCUCUCAGCGGUGAGGCUCAAAUCAUCGUGAACGUCAUAGAUGUCAAUGAUAACCCUCCAGAUUUUAACGAGCCGUCUUAUCGGGCCUCUCUUGAUGAAAAGGCCACUUGUGGCCACAUCAUUAUCAAAGUUCAGGCUUCAGACCCCGAUAGUAAGGAUGACCUCCAAUAUAAGAUCCUGUCAGGCAAUGAAGGGAGAUAUUUCUCUAUUAAUGAAUCAUCUGGACUUAUCUCAUUCUCGAAUGUGUGCAAGAGAAACCUGGAUCCAUUUUAUAACCUCACCGUUGCAGUUUCCGAUGGUGUGUUUCAGAAGACUGCCCCUGUUAACAUUGACAUGACAAACGGCAACAAGUACAGCCCCUAUUUUAGCCAGAACAUUUACGAGGCAGAUCUGGCAGAGAAUGCAGAAGUGGGAACUCGUGUGAUCCGAUUGGCUGCUAUUGACCCAGACGAUGGUCCAUACGGCAGUGUCGAUUACACCAUCAUUAACAAGCUUGCCGAUGAGAAGUUCUCUAUCGAUGAAGACGGACAAAUUGUGACUUCUCAGUCUUUGGACAGAGAAAAUCCAUCGCAACGAGUGAUCGCAAUUAAGGUCAUGGCUAAGGACGGUGGAGGAAGAGUGGGGUUUUGCACUGUAAAGAUUAUUCUAACAGAUGAGAAUGAUAACGCCCCUCAGUUUAAAGCCUCGGAGUAUCAGGUUUCCAUUCAAUCCACGGUGAACAAAGGCUUGCCGGUUAUACAGAUAAUGGCUUAUGACGCAGAUGAAGGCAAAAAUGCUGAUGUCACUUACACAGUAGAAGAAGCGGAAGAGGUUACGGAAGAUAUUAUUGAGCUCAACCCUUUUACCGGAGUGGUCAGCAUCAAAGAGAGUCUGGUUGGUUUGGAGAAUAAGAUUUUCAGCUUCAAAGUUAAGGCUCGAGAUGGAGGCAUUCCUUUUUACAACUCCUCUGUGCCGGUACAGGUCAAGGUGGUCCCACCGGAGGUCACUCUACCCCAGUUUACGGAGCCAUUGUACUCGUUCUCAGCAUCUGAGGACCUCCCUAUCGGAUAUGAGAUAGGCACAGUCAAGGCGGACACUGACAUGCCACUGAUAUACAGUUUGGUGAAUGGCAACACUAUAGACAGCAACAAAGAACAUGUUUUUGCUGUUGACAAAGACAGCGGUACUCUUGUAAUGCAGAAGAACAUUGACCAUGAAAAAACCAAGGUAUACAAGAUUGACGUGAUCGCUCAAGGAAAUCACAAUGGCACCGAUGUAGCAUCUCUUGUAUCUGUUCACAUAGAGGUUCAAGAUGUUAAUGACAAUCAACCUGUGUUCGAGGCUGACCCCUAUGAAGCCUUUCUGGCUGAGAAUUUGCCCCCUGGCACCACAGUCAUUCAAGUGACAGCAAAUGAUGUAGAUACAAACGUCAAUGGAGAAGUCUCAUAUACGCUUGAGCCGGACUCAGGUGAUAUUGGUGACAUGUUUACCAUUGAUUCACAAACUGGCUGGAUUACUACCUUAAAGAAGGCUGAUUCUGAGACCAAACAGCUUUAUAGGUUGUAUGUUGUGGCCACUGAUCAUGGGGACACUGUCAAACUAUCCUCUUCAGUACUAGUUGAGGUUACUAUCACAGAUGAUAAUGAUAACCCACCUCAGUUUACAGAGGAACUGUACCAAGGGUCCAUCCUGGAGAACAGCAGGCCUGGAGAAACCAUUGUCACUCUGACGACUGCUGAUAAAGAUGUGUCUGCAGAAAAUAGACAGAUUGUAUGUUAUAUAACAGAUGGAGACCCAUUGGGACAAUUCUCAGUCACAGCAGCAGGGGAGGAGUGGACAGUGAUUUCCAAAAGUCCACUUGACAGAGAAGACAAAGACAAAUAUACUCUUAAGAUAAUAGCCACAGAUGGAAGGUUUCAAACAUCUGCUAAUGUGGAGGUCCAUGUUCUUGACCUCAAUGACAACAGCCCUUUGUGUGAGCAAUUACUUUAUACUGAGGCCAUCAUGGAGAAUUCCCCAUCAGGCUUGUUCAUCCUGAAGAUCUCUGCUUCUGACCCCGACAUUGGAACAAAUGGCCAAGUGUCAUUCACUCUUCAUGGACCUAAUGCAGACAAGUUCCAUCUUGACUCCAAAACUGGAGAGCUGUUCACGCUUGCUGUCUUGGACCGGGAGCGGGAAACAGAAUAUGAUCUUGUUGUCAAAGCGACUGAUGGCGGUGGCCGCUCUUGUCAGGCAGACGUCACACUCAUGGUGCAAGACAUGAACGACAACCCGCCACAAUUCUCCACAAGCCAUUAUGAAAUCACGGUGUUUGACAACACAACGAUUAGGACGCCUAUUGCUGUCAUCUAUGCCAAAGACACAGACACAGGUAUAAACUCAGAGGUGAGAUACUCUCUUCAAGGUGCCGACAGUGGCUACUUCUCCCUAGAUGAAAUCUCAGGCAUUCUGAGACUGGAGAGAUCUCUAGCCGAUGAGACCAAGGCCACUUAUGAGAUGAAAGUGAAAGCCACUGACCGAGGCCUCCCUCGCCACCUUUUCUCCUUCGCCACCAUUACAGUACACGUGGUCGUCCUGAGUGAUUACCAGCCGUUGUUUCUUAGCUCGGAGUACUCUGUACAGAUCCCAGAAUCAUUGCACAUCGGGUCGGAGGUGAUCAGUGUGUCCGCCCUCACCAAAGAUGACACUGAAAGCAAGCCUGUGCGUUACAACAUCAUCUCUGGCAAUGAAGACGGCCGAUUCAAGAUAAACCCCAUGACAGGUUUGCUGUCACUGAACUCUGCGCUGGAUUUUGAGCUCUGCCGCGAGUAUUACCUGUCAGUGGAGGGAGCAAGGGGUAAACCAUUGCUCAGUGAUAUUGCCACGGUUAUCAUCAAUAUCACAGACGUCAACGACAACCCGCCUGUCUUUAACCGCAGUAGCUACAGUAGCGUGAUUGCAGAGGACAUAUCACCUGGGGACAUGGUUCUGCAGGUAAGAGCCAUCGACCUUGAUGGGCCUCCAAAUAACUUCAUCAUCUACUCUAUUGUGAGCGGUGAUCCAAAGCAGCAGUUCGGCAUCGAUCCUCACACCGGCCACAUAACUGUGCGCUCCAUGCUGGACAGGGAAGAGAUAACGCACUACUCAUUAACCAUGCAAGCUGCCGAUGAAGGCGAUCCCCCUUUAUCCUCCGCCGUCCAGGUGACAGUGACCGUAUCUGACGUCAACGACAGCCCACCGAUGUUCUCGCAGAUCAAUCACAGCCUCGUCCUUCAGGAAUGGGAAGCCGGGGGCAGUGGAAUUCUGCAGCUGCUGGUAACAGACAGAGAUACGCCUCAGAACGGCCCUCCAUUCUCAUUCCAUAUUGUCUCGGGAAAUGAGGACAGGAGCUUUCACAUUGACCAAGGAGGACUGCUGUCCGUAUCCUCCCCGCUGAGGAGGAGUGGCAAGCCUCAGCAUCUGCUAAAAAUCCAGGUCACUGACAGCGGCCACCCUCCUCUGUCCUCAAUAUGCGUGGUGAAAAUCAACAUCACAGAGCAGAGCCGAUAUCCACCCACUGUGACUCCGCUAGAGGUUUUCAUCACCACCGCUGGUGGGGUGUUCUCGAAACGUGUCAUCGGCAAGCUGCACGCCACGGACCAAGAUCCCCAAGAUGUCCUAUCUUACAAACUGGUUUCUGAUGGCCUGGACCAAGGCCUGUUCUCUGUGGACGCAGUGGAUGGAAAGAUCGUGGUGGAGAAGAACCUGGAUCCAGGCCUGUACCACUUGAACGUGAGCGUGUCCGAUGGGAAAUUUAACAUCUGGGCGGGAGUGAAGGUCCAUGUUUGGGCUCCCUCUAAACACGAUCUGGAUCAGGGCUUCACGUUGCAGUUGGCUGGACUUUCGGCGGAAGAGUUCGUGUCCGAUCACUGGAGAGGCCUCCAGCGCAGCCUGGGCUUGGAGCUAAACAUCCCCAGACAAGCGCUGCGCAUUGCCAGCUUGCAACAGCAGCCAAACUCCAUCAACAUGGAGGUCCUUCUGGUCCGGAGAGCUCAGGACGGCUCCGUCCAGCCCGUGUCUGCUCAGCGCCUCACUGGGGUCCUUUCAACUGUAGAAGAUACGCUGGGUUUGAACGUCUUGAGACUGAAGCAUGAUGGUUGUGUGGGCGCUGGUUGCCCACCUCGGGGUUGCAGGAACACUGUAGUGAUGAGGCAGGGGAGAAUGAGUAACUACGCCACCGCACGGGCGAACUUCAUCACCCCGCAGCACAGCUGGGAGAGCGUGUGUUCCUGCAAUGAAUCUGCUGUGAGAUUUGACGGCAAGGGUUAUCUGAAAUACCUCUAUCAAAUGGAAGAGAGCAAAGAAAACUUCCAUCUGUCCCUUCGACUCAAGACGUCUGCAGCAGAGGGCACAGUGAUGUCCUCCAAUGCCUCUGACUGGGGAAAAUUAGAGCUGGUGGACAAGGAGCUGUGGCUCAGAUAUAGAUGUGGCAACAUGCUCCCUGCCAGUCUGCAUGUGGCCAACCACCCUGUGGCUGAUGGCCACUGGCACCACGUCUCUCUGGAGGUCAACGGCUCAACCCUUAGACUCACCAUUGAUGCCAGCCACUCCAACUCUGUGGUUCUGCCUCAGCCCUGCAGGCUCAGUCAGUCCGGUGGAGCCCUGGUGCUGGCCAACUCCAAUCCCAGCACAGAUGCAGGGGGACUGGGCUUCACCGGCUGUUUGGAGAGCGUACAGUUCAAUGGAGAGGCGGUGAGAGGAGAGGAGGGGAUGACAGGAACUGGCCCGCAGACCGGCAGACUCUUUGGGAUCUACCAGUGCUGCUCUGAUGUGAAGAUCUGUGCCAGUAAUCCUUGUGAGAAUGGAGGCACUUGUGUUGAAGACCCCAGUGGAGAGUUUCACUGUAGCUGUCCAUUGCCAUACUCUGGCUCUCGCUGUGAGAACGGCAUCCUGCCGGACGAUCCUUGUGCAUCCCAGCCAUGUGCUAAUGGUUUGUGUAUGCCAAAUAAUCAAGGGUACAUCUGCAACUGCUCUGCACAAAUUGCUGGAAACAGAUGUCAGAAUGCAUGCACUCCCAAUGCAUGUCGCGAAGGUUUUGAAUGUUCAAUUGCGGGAAACUCCAUCCACUGUGAGCGCAACACCUCCCCUUCUUAUGUGGAAAUUGCAGAGAUCUGUGCAGGCAUACUGGGGCUUGUCCUCCUCGUCGUGGCCUUUGUGUGUUUCCGAAAACACUAUGUCAGCCGUAAGAAGCACAAGUCUGGCUGCGUGCAGGAUUCCAACGGCUACUUCCCAACGUUGCCUAAAAGCAUGAUGAAAGAAACUGAGAUCAGCUCUCCUAUGGAGAUCAGCACCCUGAUUGGCUUCACAUGUGAUCUGGAUAACAGUCCAUUUCGUUCCCUCAAACCUCGUGAACAGCGGGAGCCCGGCGGCCCUCAGGUGGGCUCUCGGUCCCAGAGGCCUCAGGGUCCUGUGAUUUGCAGCGUGGCCCCCAAUCUACCUCCUCCACCCUCCACCAGCUCUGAUAACGACUCUAUUAUGAAAAACAACUGGGAGCAUGACUACGAAGUGUAUCCUGCUGAUCCUGACUACUACGGCCGACCCACGGUUCAAGAGUUCCCACAGUUUGACAUUGUGGAAAGCACUUACUCGACGGCUUCCACAGAGUCACGCAGGAACUCUCGUUUCGGAGGCUUCCCUUUCCCGCUGGACCGUGCUGACCGCCGCGCUCCAUUACCCCCUUGUUACAGCAAUCAGAAUUUAGAUGACUUCUUGGGGCCGGAUGGUCUGCCGCUGCCCAGCUCUCAGUGCCCUAACGAGUACACUGCCAUAAGCUACUACCCUACUCAGCACACUUGCAGCCUGGACAACGUCUCCAGCGGCUAUAAGAGGCUCAGCGUGCAUUUGAGUGUGGCACAGCCUUCCUACGCGGACGGCGAUGGAUCCACACGGCCUGGAUCUACUAGAAGGACGCCUCGCAGUUAUGCUGGCUCAGAUAUGGUGGAGAGUGACUACGGCAGCUGCGAGGAGGUCAUGUUCUAAGAGACUGCGGUGGAUCAAAGGUACCGUAUGAGUGGGGUUAUAGAGGGGAAGCUCAUCUCGUACAUAUAGUAUAUGAAGCUCAACGGCUGAAAGCCACAGAAGCACUAUCAGUAUUAAUAGUCACUUUCAGGGAAAACAAAUACAUCUGUGUGAAAUGCAACGUUCCUCAUUGUUUGCCCUUUAGGAAUCUGUAGAAUUAUUGCAUGACCUUAAAACGUCUACGGUGUGGUUAUAAAUUAUGUUAUUAGUGUUUAGCGAUAAUGCGACCUCAUUUGGUAUUGCGAGUUCAAUCGCACCCCGUCCAGUUUGGUUGGAAAAAGUAUAUGUUAUUUUCAGCGCAUGUGUUAAUUGACUGAUUGUAGUGUUGCAUGUCAUUAUCAGAAUGGAAUCCAGCUGUGGGAUGGAUGAUUAUUUUUGUAAAACAUACGAGCCCAUAUGUGCUCACCCAAACCAGUGUACUAUGAAAUUUGAUGUUUUCAAUCGUCCCAUAUGGUGUAAACAUUUUUCGCGAUGCAGGUUAUCUAGAAGCACAUUUCACUACAGCUAAACAGCAGUAUAGAGGUUACGCUGAUUUGUACAUGCGAUUGAAACAGAGGCUGGCUCCCUGCUGUAGCAAAAAAAA